AUGUCCACUUCCAAGGUCAAUAUCUCCCAGGAGCGUGACCGCGUCAACCAGGACAUCGCUCCCCUCCACCAUCCCUCCUUCAUCCCCGACCCCACCGUCGCCAUCUCCAACCCUCCAUUCUGGCGCAACACGAUUCUGAGGCAAAUCUCGCUUCUCACCUUCGUCCUCUCUUGCCUCCCCGAUGUCGAGUACUUCCGUCGUCUCCUCGCCUGCACCGAACUUCCCAACCUCUGGAAGGCUAUCACCUCCAUUUCCUUCCCGUACUUCUACCAAUUCGCCGGCAUCCGCGACAACCGCACCUCCAAUCCCUACAUCGACGUCUGCAACGGCCUCAUCCACCUUGAGAAGCUCUCACUCACCUUCCACACUGCUGGCCUGACGACUUCUGUCUGGAAGGAAAAGGAUCGGAUCGCCCUCGAGAAUCAGGGCCUAUUGGAAAAGAGCAAGGAACUUCGGGUGAUGCGAGCUUCCGAGGUCAUUGCGCACUACAAGUUGGAGGAUGUGUUCGAGUUGAAGGUACUUUCGGUGUUGGAGUUAAUACUGAUUAAUUCCGAGCUUGUUGGUCACUUUGUGAAGGUUGGCAGUGUCUUGACUCCUCUCAAGGACUUGCAGGAUUAUUUCAAGGAAGGCUUCUCUAGGCAGGGUCGGAAGGUUCAGGUGGACAUGAUCUUGCUCCCGGUGCCUUAUACUGGUUAG